GGAGGGGGGUGGGUGGGGUGGGGAUCCAAAUGUGGCAGAGAAGCCGCCGUGGAGACGGAGGCGGAGGGGGGGCGAGAAGCGAGCUGGAGCCGCCGCCACCAUCGCCGCCGCCGCGGACAGGCAGCAGCAGCAGCAGGAGCAGCAGCGGCUAAGAGGCCGAGUUGGGAAGUUUGAAACCCCGGGAGCAGGGGUGGGUGAGGGCAGCGGCGGCGGCGUCCGGGGGCGCAGGCGGGAAGCCCCCCCAAACCGUCCCUGGGCAGCCUCGGGGGGGCAGUUUGUAAAGCUGCAGCCGCUCCUAGCCCGGCUCUUCCCGCACCGAGGACGGAGACCCAACUCGGGGGGACUCGCUCCUCCAACCCGCACCGGCCCAGAGUGUUAUAGUUUCAAGUAUUUCUUCUGAGCUUGGAGAAGAAAUUCACGCUUGGAUGGUGGAUUAACAAGAACAUUGAAAUUCAGGAGAAAAAAAUUACCAAGUAUUGGAUUUUCACCCUAGUCUGGCAGCUUCGCUGCUCACUUAAACACAGAUGAAUGAAGACCCCAUUUGGAAAAACAGCAGGUCAGCGAUCCAGAGCUGAUGCAGGACAUGCAGGUGUAUCUGCCAGCAUGAUGAAGAAAAGGACUUCCCACAAAAAACAUCGAAGCAACGUGGGACCCAGCAAACCUAUUUCUCAGCCCCGGAGAAACAUUGUAGGAUGUAGAAUUCAACAUGGAUGGAAGGAAGGGAGUGGACCUGUAACUCAGUGGAAAGGGACAGUUCUGGAUCAGGUUCCUGUAAAUCCUUCUCUCUAUCUUAUAAAAUAUGAUGGAUUUGACUGUGUUUAUGGACUAGAACUUCACAAAGAUGAACGAGUUUCAGCACUUGAAGUUCUUCCUGACAGAGUUGCAUCUUCUCGAAUCAGUGAUGCCCAUUUGGCAGAUACAAUGAUUGGAAAAGCAGUGGAACAUAUGUUUGAAACAGAGGAUGGCUCAAAGGACGAAUGGAGGGGAAUGGUCUUAGCUAGAGCUCCUAUAAUGAACACGUGGUUUUAUAUUACCUAUGAGAAAGAUCCUGUCUUGUACAUGUACCAGCUUUUAGAUGACUAUAAAGAAGGUGACCUCCGUAUCAUGCCAGAUUCUAAUGAUUCACCUCCAGCUGAACGGGAACCAGGAGAAGUUGUAGACAGCCUGGUAGGCAAACAAGUGGAAUAUGCCAAAGAAGAUGGCUCCAAAAGGACUGGCAUGGUCAUUCAUCAAGUAGAAGCCAAACCCUCCGUCUAUUUCAUCAAGUUUGAUGAUGAUUUCCAUAUUUAUGUCUACGAUUUGGUGAAAACAUCCUAGAUGUCAUCAUGAACUUUGCCAAAUUUGUGGAACUAUUAAAUGUAAAAUUUGUAGACACAAAGACUUGACUGCUUUCCAGUUUAAUGAAAGCUUAAAUGUCCCUGCGAACCCACAAUCUCUGCCAGCAAAAACUGUUUUGUUCGGAAUAGUAGAUUUAUGUGAACAUGACACAUUUUGUGUAAGGAACUCCUCCCCUUGUAAGAAGUCAGUCUAUUUGGUAGAGGGGGAGUUAAAGGAAAGAACAGCUACAAAUUCAGGCUGUGGAAAAAAUUAAUCUAGUAUCAUUAAUCAAUAACCUAAAAAUGUAAUAGGUCUUAACCAUUUUUCCCCUUCAAUCUCGUACUCACAUGCAAGUGUAGUUUGGUAUUUUUUGUAUUGCCUUCUGUGAUAUUAAACAUAAUUUUUUGGCUAUUGGCAGUCCUUGUUCUGAGGUUUGGGUCAAAGCUAAAAGAUAGGCCUAAAGAGUCUCCCAGUUUAAUAGGAAUGCCUGACCCCAGCUGCAUCAAACUAUUUACUGUGUUUCUACUUCUUAUUUAAAGUUACCUUUUGUAAAACAAAGAGCACAUGGAAAUUACUCUGUAUGUGCAUUUUAGAAACCCAGUGGUAAUAUGCAAGUGUUUGUUUAUGCACCUUUUUGUUCUGGAGGCUUGAAGCUACAAAAGAGGAUAUUAAUCAACCAAAUGAACAGUUGGAAAUGAAAUGCACACAUUGCUAAUCCAUGUUUAUAAGUUGUAGCAACCAGUCAAAACAUGCUAAAAGGCUGCCUUUAGUUCUAAGCAUUUUUUGAGGGCGAGUGGCAUUUUUAUUCAUUGAUACUUUUUAGCAAACCUCAGUAAUUGGUGCCAUGAUAGCCCAAUGCUACACAAUACUACUACUUGUUAAUUUUCAGUGACAUUUGGCCCUUUAUUUGACAUUUAAAUUAGCAGCCUGGAUUUGAUAGUACUAAAAGGCUAAGAAUUUUACCUGCUGUUUCCAAAAGUUCCUGGAACAACACAGUUCUUUUUUAUUAGACAUUUAGGUUUUAGGGAAAGAGAAGCAUGUCUUGCCUUCUUUAUAGGUUCUCUGGGAUUCCCUUUAUUUUUAUUACUAUUAUUGUUAUUAUUUUUAUUACUGUUAUAAUUAUGGUCCAAGAAGGCAUUUAUUAAUAUUUUUAUUUCUGGCUUUUCCCCCCACAAGGAAUGUCCUAACAAAUAGCCUACAGCUUAAAUCUGUUGUAGCCUUUUGUGGUGUUGUAUGUACUCGCUUAAGGUAUGCUGUUUAUGUGAAUUCCAUUCAAUGGACACUAGAAUUCUGCAUGCCAGUGGUGUACUACUAUCUAAUGAAAGCUAUAGGCAGUCUUUCAGUGGUUAAAUCAUCUGCAUUAGAUUGUGGAUGUAAAUAAUAGCAGCCCAUAGCAGCAGAAUCCUUUCACAGUUUUAAUCUUGCAAGGUAGUUUUAAAACCAAGGUAGUUAUAAUGUGGAGCUUUAAAGAGUAAUCAGAAUUGUAAAAAUGGUCAAUGCAAUAGCAAAAUUGUCAUUUCACAUUAUAGUGGCAGAGCUUUACAAAUUGAAAAGCCCUGCUUCUUAGAAAUAUGGUGUAUGAAGCCAAUCAUCAGUUUGGGGGAAGGAAUACCCAGAAAUCCAUUCUUACAGUUUGUGAAAGGCCAGAGGUGAUGUUCAACUACCGAAAUUUCAGAGGUCCAGAUGACCUUUGUUUGUGGGUAUUCUCGAUGUUGAAGACUCAGUGGUUUAAGCCCCUUUCUAUCCAUUUUUUGCCUGAUUCAUAUUUUAGCCUUAAGGCUUGUGCCUCAUUAUGCUGUUGAAUGGUAACAAGUACUCAUCAUAUAAAUACAGUACCUUAAUUAUUUGCCCAUUGCUACAAUUGCAUUUUGUCCAGUAUUUCAUCUUGGGCAACCAAAGGCAGGCUAUUUUGUCUUUUCAGUAAAUAGCUUCUCAAUGCAGUCCUUAAGCACUAAGUACCUAAGUCGUAAAUGUUUUUUGUGUUUUUGAACAAAGUGAGCAGAUUUGCAACACAGUGUUUCAUCCUGCAGAUCUGUUAAGUGUUUUUCUAUUGACUCUUAAGAGUCCUGCAUGUAAAUCUCAAAGCUGAGCCUGGCUCCAUGAGCCCAAGUUGAUAUUUGUGGCACAAGAAUGAAUGAGUGUAUUAAAUAUACACAGAAUAUGUGCAUACAUAUGUAAUACAGUGAAUUUGGGGCUAUACAUCUGAAGAAUAAAGUGUUCAUUUUGAAAUAUUUGUUGACGUUUGGGUCUACUGAAACAUUUUUAGCAUUACUUAUGGCUUGUAUUUGUGGUUUUUCUGCAAGCCACUUUAAUAUACCAUAUAAUCUGCCAAUCUAAGGAUGACUAGCUAUACUAUGUAAAUUAUGGUUCUGUUUUUAAAUAAUUGUCCCACUUGUUGCUUUUAGGGUUUGGGGGGGGAGGGUUUCCCCCCCUUUGGUAGCUUAAACCACCUUUAUUGAGGCUGAAACUAAUCCCACUCCCUGCCCAUCUACUUUGGGCUUCGUUUUAGGCUCAUGUUUCAGAUCUGCAUGCAGUGCUUGCGUUACCCUGGUAACCAAAAUGUUGGUUCCUUGUUCUAGGGGUUCAACAUUACUUUCCAAAAUUAUCAUGGGGCUUGUGACGACACAAGCAAUGGAUCUGUGUAUAAAAUUUAUUGGCCUUUCUCAUUUACCUGCUGUAGUAUUGUUGUAUUGUGCGUGUGAUAUCAGGCUGCCAUGUAAAACUUUAAAAAACAAACAAAAAAAAUUUAAAUGCAGACCAUCCUUUUUGCAUGCUUAGAAGUAGAAUGUUCAGCGUAACAAACAAAAGUUGCAUGUUAAAAUGUUAGGUUUUUUGUUUUCUUUUUUUGAUUUUGUUUUUAGUUUUGUGUGAAUUUGCUUACUGUGCUGUUUUAAUGGUUGUUGGUAGAAUUAAAAAAGCACUGGUGAGGCGAGCAUAGUGCCAACGGAAGGUGAUUUCCAGUUAUAUGUGUCAUGCAGCAUUUGAAGGGACCAUGCAUUGUUAAAAUAUGUAUACAUAUAUAAAAUCACAGUUACAUCUGAGAAAACCUACUUUUUUUUUCUUUUGUGUGCCAAACCCUAAAGUGCACUGGAGAGUAGAUUUUUUUUUUAAUAAAACUAUGGACAUAUUAGAAAACUAGCUUUUUCAUUGUCACAAAAGGCAGUGCCCCAAAGCCUUCUUAAGCUAAUUGUCCUUAAAAAUGAAGGUUCUCCUAAGGUAAAAUAAUUUAAAUUACUUCAGGGAAAACAAUUAUGAUUAAAGCAGUUUGUGGUUCCUUGGAAAUGCUGUGCUUUUUGUACUUUACAUCAGUAGUGCAAUUUGGAUCGUUCUUGGUAUGUGUAUAGUUCAAAGGUCUUCGUGUUCACAUUUAAAAUUAGGUAAAUGACUUCAUCUUUAGAGCUUGGUUUCAUUUUUUAAUUUCAUUUUAUUUUAAACAAUGUAGACAGUUCCCUGUUCUCUGCAUUUAGAAGUAUAAACACUUUAAAUCUGUUACUUAAUUCUGUAAGUAAUUUUUAUAAUUAUUAUGUAACUCUAUCCUUAAAACAUUUAAAAUAAACCCUUUAUGUGCAACUUAUGACUGUAAAUUUUGUUCUCAUGAGCAAAAUGUGACAUUAAAACUGUGAAGAUAGUUUCUUCAAUUAUUGUAAUUAAAGUACGACUUGGUUUUAAUAUUGAACAAUAUAUAAUCGUACCAUA